AUGAAGCCCAAACCCCAGCUAACACCCCCGUUAAGCCCGAAAACGCAAAAGGCACGCAGGCACCAAGCUCUGAAGAAGAUAAUCCCAACAAAGCCUUCCCACCAUGAGGUGUUAGCGGCGAUUGUGGCGGGGGUCCUUCAGAGUUGCUACUGCAGGAGGAUUAAGCUCUUGAACCCUCAGCCGGAUGCGCACAAGGAAGUGCAGGCGCUGCUGCAUGUCAGGGCCCUGGUUCCUGCAGGAAGAGCUAGAAGAGUUGGAGCAAGUCGGGUCGAUUGGCGGCGCUGCCUGCGAAUCCAGACGAUGGACAACUUCCUGACGCUGAGGGAGUUCCUUUUCAAGCGCAAGGCCAGGAUGGUAAAGGCUCGUGACACGCGGGAACUACGAAGGACUGUCAUGCGUCGCAGACAAGACCACCCUAAGUUGAAACAGGAGGGUGGCUGA